UUGUGCCAACGUAGGGGAAAAAGUACAACGCGAAAUUUUGUUACUCGUCAUUGAAAUUUUAUCAUCAAAUAUUAGCAAUAGUGUCCAUCGUUCUCAAAAAUGUCUUAAAUUGACGUCGUAUUUGUGUGCAAAUGUUGAACAGCUCAAGAUUCGUAGUUUAUAAUCUUCAGCUGUGAGAUAAAGGAGCCCAAACUAAAUCUUAUCAUCUCGGGGCUCGAAAAAAGUGGACACAAAGGAAGGACCAGCAGCUUGCUUGCUGGCCUUAUCAGCAUCUGUAGCGCGGUGGCUCCGGCUGCUGACAAUGCAGCUGGAUAAGCCCCGGCGGGUGUCUGUCGUUCCGAGUAUCUCUGUCGAAAGCAGCAGUUCUGACGUCAACAAGGUUGCAAUCGGGGCGCAAACAGUGGCCACUUGUGGCUGCCUUCGCACCAGUAUCUGUUGAUUCUCCCGGAGGUCAGAGAAAGGGAAAACAGGACCACGAAAAUGAGAUAUGAAUAUCAACUGCUCCAGCAGCAGGUCUCCUCCGAGCGGUCGCAGGCUCCGGCAGGGUCCCGCCGCAAGUCGGCCAACCCGAAGAUCGUGGCCAACAACCUGCGCUUUUCGUUCUUCUGCCUCGUGAUUAGCGCCGCGCUGCUCAUGUUCCUGUUCCUCACGUACACCGACUCGUUCCACCCGAUCGUGGACAGCAUCGCGGGCCACUUGGGCUACCACGAGAAGACCUAUGCCGUCGUGAUGGACGCCGGCUCGACCGGCAGUCGGGUGCUCGCCUUUGAGUUCCACCGGGGCUACCUGGACGGGCGGUUGGUGCUGGAUCAUGAACUGUUUGAGCACUCGAAGCCGGGACUGUCCGCGUUCGCCGAUCGGCCCAAGGAGGGAGCCGUCACCAUUGAAAAGCUGCUGCAGAAGGCGAAAGAUGUUAUUCCGAGGGAAAAGUGGAGCCAGACGCCGCUGGUGCUGAAGGCCACGGCCGGUUUGCGGCUGCUGAAGCCGGAGCAGGCCGAAGGACUGCUGCAGGCGUGCCGGGAUCUGUUCGAAAAGUCCGGAUUCUUGGUCAACGAGCAGGCAGUGGAGAUCAUGGACGGAACGGACGAGGGCAUCUUCUCGUGGUUCACCGUAAACUUCCUCCUGGGCAAGCUGAACGGUCGCAACACGGUGGCCGCGCUAGAUUUGGGCGGUGGAAGCACCCAGGUGACGUUCGCGCCGAAGGACGUGUCCCAAACCCCGCUGUACAAAGAUUUCAUGCACCGAGUGCCGACGUUCAACGCGUUCGUCGAUGUCUUCACCACCAGCUAUCUGGGCGCGGGACUGAUGGCCGUUCGACACGCGGUUUUCACGCACGGAGCUCCCGAGGGGCAGACGAAGCUGACCAGCGAGUGCGUCAACUCGAUCAUCAAGGAUAAGCUGUUCCGGUACGGUACCGAGCAGUUCUACAUUAGCGGUAAGGAGAACCCGAAGGCCACGGCGGAGAAUCCCGAGGUGGACUACGAGCAGUGCGCGUCGAUCGUGCGCAAGAAGGUGCUGCCCACGUUGCGGCCAAAGCCGGUGACGCUGAAGCAGCACGAAAUUUCCGCGUUCAGCUACUUCUUCGAUCGAGCGAUCGAAACGGGACUGGUCGAUCCCUUCCAGGGUGGCGAAACGACGGUCGGUAGCUUCGUCACGAAAUCGCGCGAAGUUUGCGCCGAUGCGAACGCUGACCAGCCCUUCAUGUGCGUCGAUCUCACCUUCAUUGCGGUCCUGCUCGAGGAGGGCUACGGGCUGAAGCCGAAGACGCCGUUGAAGUUGUACAAAAAAAUUGACGGCCACGAAAUUUCCUGGGCGUUAGGCGCGGCCUACAACAUUCUGACUAGCAACAAAAGCUCGCAGCUCUAAAGCAGAACAAAACACACACACAACCACCAACACAACAACAACGAUGCAAUCAGUAAACAGUAGCAGAUGAAACAGAACGUACCACCAAAUCAACAAUUUUUUACUUUCAAAUAGUUUAUUUUUUCGAACGAAUAGUUUUACUUUCUGGUCAAACACGAUACACGCCGUACAAAUGGACGGAGCGGUACACUUUUUAGAGUUUUUAGAGAACAAGAACAUUUUUGAUAUGUCAAAUUUUACAAACAGAUAACAAAAGAUUUUUUAGGUUUUGACACCCAGAUG